UGUUGUGAAAUUGACGAAGAUAAUUUCCUUCUUUGUUUGUGUUUUUUCCACUUGCAUGGUUUUUCUUAAGUAGCUGUGCGUUGAGCUCCGUAGUAAAGGGAGUCUCUCUUGAAAGCCUUUGAAACACCUGGAUAAGCCAGCUAGCAGCAUGAUUCGCGUUCGACCCAUGGUUCGACCACCAAGAUGCUCAGUGGUCGACUGCACAAAUCCGCACAAAGGUCUUCAUACGACUCCAGCUGCAGAAGACAUAAGAUCGAGAUGGAUCGAGUUUAUAUAUGAUGGCAACGUUCCUGCAGAAGUUGGCAAAUAUCUGUUAGUGUGCUCCAACCACUUUCCAUCAGACUGUUUUAGAAACCUGGGCCAAUAUAACGCUGGACACGCGGAAAGGUUGAUAUUGAAUGGGGGGUCGGUGCCAUCCAUCCGUCGCAAUACUGAUGAUGAGGCAAGCGCAUCUGUUCACGGUGCUAGGCUACAUCACAUGGCCUGCCAGACGGACCCACCCAAGCUGUGCACAGUUGGCACGCAGCUUUCUCUGAAAACUCUGGCACCUCACUACAAAAGCAUAGCUACACAGAUGACUGUGACCUACACUAAUGUCGGUGUUGGAACCUCAGAUUUGGCCUUCAAACCAUCACGGCCAAUAAAUAGGCCAAGUAAGAGACCUUGCUUGGAGGAGGAAGAGGACAUCCCUUUUGAGGGGAGUUCAAGUAUGGACUUCAGGGAGCGACAGGAUUCUACCUGUGGUCCUGAUGACCUGAUCACAGUCUUGACUGAGUCAGCAGAUGUGAAAAUGGAAUCUUCCAACCCUGCUCAUAAGACACCUGCAUGUAUUGUCUAUGAAAAGUGCCUCAUGGAGCUGUUUGAGGAGUGCCCCCUGUGUCGGCGGGUGGCAGAUGUGCGAACCGGAAGGUUUGGGACAUUCCUCUCUAUAGAGCAGCAGUGCCUACCCUGUAAGUUCUACAGGAAAUGGAAUAGUCAACCUCGUCUUGGUCGCACUCCUAUCCAACGCUCAGCUGCAGUGAAGGUCACUGCUGCCUCUUUCUCCAAACUUGAGGAGGUAAUGCCAACAGAGGACAUCCCCAGCAGCGCAGAUGCCUUUGCGACUGUCACUUUGAUCGAUGAAGAGAGGGCUGAAGAGAUCACUGAGGAGAGCGAACCCUCCGAUGAAGCGGAGAGCAGUGAUGAAAGUGGAGGGAAUUCAGACAGUGACUGGAAUCCAUUGGAUGGGAUUUUGCUGGAUGAGGGGACCCUUCUGGACUCUGAGGAGGAAACGGAAGAUGAAGACGAAGAGGAGACAGAUUCCCCGGGUGGUCUCAGGAUUAACGAGCUCUGCAACGAGUGUGGAGGUUUUUUCAACUCUCUGAAGACUCACACGUGCGAACACAAAAUGAAGCCCUUUUCCUGCAAUAUUUGCGGCAAAAGAUGCGUUUCUGAAGCUUCUCUAAAAAUUCACAGCAGAGUCCACAGUGAAACCUAUGAAAUCCCUUGCAAAUACUGCCACGUGACAUUCAAGAGAAAGGUGGAGAAAGUUAAACAUGAGCAGAUUCACGAAGACAGAAACGAUCCCUAUAAAUGUCCCGACUGUCCGGAGCAGUUUCCCACUAGUAAAGAGCGCAGGAUCCACCUGUCCAACUGUCACAGAACGACAAAGGACACGUGUGGAAUUUGUGGGAUGGAAUUCAGUGGUUUAAAUCAUCUUCAGAGACAUUCUGUUGUGCACACGGGAUUGAAACCGUACAAAUGUUCGGUGUGCGACCGUGGCUUCAACCAGGAGAGCAACCUCAAAUCUCACAUGCGUCUGCACACAGGGGAGAAGCCAUAUAAGUGUCGGCAUUGUGACGAAUCCUUCAAUCACAAUGUGAGCUUGAAGAGUCAUGUGCAGCGUCGCCACUCGUCUGGGCACAAACGUAAGAGGGGUAAGAUCAAUGAAAAGGCGAGCAGCGCUAGUGACGCAGAGGACAAUGAAAGUAAGAGUGGUGCCGGCUCUGAGUCUGACAAUGCAGAUAAACAAGACACAGGAGAGACGGUGCAGCAGAAGUCAAAACGUCGUCGGAAGCUCACUGGGAGAUCCAGAGGAAGACCCAAGUCAAACCCAGAUGGUAACUCAGUUCCGUCAGGGCAAAAUGAAGACCAGUGUUCGAAAGCUAAGACUUCAAAAUCAAAGUUGAAGAAGUUAAAGAAAAGUGGUGAAAUCGAUGAGGAAAUUGAGUCGGAGCAAUCAAACAGCGACAUAUCCUUCAACUCAGAAGAAGAGUUGCAGGAAGCACGGAAGAGCACAAGGACAUCAGGAAGACGACCGACAAAGGACGAUGACAGCGAUUUUCACCCAGAAGAAGAAAAAAAAUGUAAGAACAGGGGGAGACAAAGAAAGGAGGUCGUGGUCUGA